UGUGCUGUGUCGCUCGUUUUAGUAAAUAAAAUCAGUUGCCACAAACGAUACCUUGAUGCCGUUCCCUAUUCGCGACAGGCAUUCUAAUUUCAAAAUGAGCGAAUCCGAUUAUUGUGAUGGAAUUUCUGUCGUCGAUGUGUACGACAUAGCAUCCGAUAUUGGAAAAGAAUGUGAAAAAAUAAUUGACAAUUAUGGUGCAGACGCUGUUACUGGUCUCAUGCCGAAAGUUAUCAAUACUUUAGAGCUAUUAGAAGCAUUGGCCACUCGAAACGAACGUGAAAAUACCACACUUCAAGAACUGACGUGCAAAAUUUCCCAACUGGAAAAUGAAAAGCUGGAAAAAGCCGAGUAUAGGCAGCGGUUUGAAAAGGAACUGGAAGCUAUAGAAGAACAAUGGCGUGGGGAAUCUCAAGAACUCGUUUCUGUUGUAAAUCGUUUACAAGAGGAAAAUAAACGCCUUUCACAAGCUAAGGCUGGUGCUGAAGUAAAGGAACAAACAGCUGAAACAUCCUCGGCAGAUGGGCAAAUGUUGCAAAGAUUGAGAAAUUUAGUUGAUAAACAACGUGAUGAAUUAAGAAAGAAAGAUAACGAACUACAGAAACAAGCAACAGAUAUAGAAAAUCUAACAUCCCAAGUAGAUCGAAUGAAUAGUGCUGCUAAAGAAUCCAGACGCAGGCAAAGAUUGUUGCAAGCACAAGUUGGUGCCCUUUGUGAAGAACGAGCUGACUUUUUAGCUCGAUUAUUAGAUCAGAACAGAGAAAUUGGUACAUUGAGAAAGGGCCUUGGAUUAGCUCAGAAAGAAAAUGAAGAUUUGACUAAAUUUCAGGAUGAGAAUGAUCCAUUGAGACCACGCUUUACUACAGCUGAACUGAAAGAAAUUCUUCAUGAGCGUAAUGAAUUGAAAACCAAAGUAUCAGAGCUUGAAGAAGAACUAGAAGUUUUUCGGCCUAAACCUAAUGAAUUAAGUGACAGUUUGGCACAGGAAGAAGAUGCGCCAGUCCAAGGCCCAUUGCCAUAUGAACCAGAUGAUGCCCCCUGGAAGAAAUCAUCAGAAACUGGUAUUAGGAAGUUUUUUCGCAAGAUAUUCUCGGAGUCUGGCGGCGGGGGCGGCAGUGGCGGCGGGAGCGGUUUUCCUCGCCGUUCUCUCUCCACACUUUCGAAGAUGGCUCUGUCAGCCGGAAAUCAGCAGCACAAUGAUGACGACUGCCAACUCUGA